UUCUAUUGAAACCCAAAAAAUAAGAACAGGUCAGUUCGGCCCAACCCAAACCCAUCAGAAUAUUUAUUUAAGUUUUAGGGUUUCAUCUUACUCUCUUCGUGUCGCUAGGGUUCAACAAAUUCUCCAUUUCCUUGUCAGAUUUCGAGUGAAGGAGAGAAAAAAAUGGUGAAAUUCUUGAAGCCAAACAAAGCAGUGAUCGUCCUACAAGGACGUUACGCUGGCAAAAAGGCUGUGAUCGUGAAGAACUUUGAUGAUGGAACCCGUGAACGUGCUUAUGGUCAUUGCUUGGUUGCAGGGAUCAAGAAGUAUCCAGCUAAGGUGAUCAAGAAGGAUUCAGCUAAGAAAACUGCUAAGAAAUCGCGUGUUAAGGCAUUUGUUAAGUUGGUUAACUAUCAGCAUCUUAUGCCAACACGUUACACUCUUGAUGUGGAUUUGAAGGAGGUUGUUACCACUGAUGUUCUUCAGAGUAAGGAUAAGAAGGUUACUGCUUUGAAGGAGGCCAAGAAGAGGUUCGAAGAAAGGUUCAAAACCGGGAAGAACAGAUGGUUCUUCACCAAGCUCAGGUUUUGAGUUAGUUAGCUUCUUGUUCGAAGCUUUUUUAUUGAAUUUUGUUUGAUUAUUUGGAGUUUUAGUGUUUUGGAUUUUGUACUUUGGAUUUGGUGGCACUGAUAUCUGAUAAUCUUAUAAUGUUGAGAUUUUAUAUUAGUUUCUGUAUUGUUGAAUUAUUUUUGUUAUGUAUGGGUAAUUUGAAUAUGUGAUAUAGGUUUAAUUAACUUGUUUUGAGAA